AUGCUUAUAAAUGAGGCGGUUAAUAACGUGCUUGGUUUGCUGCAGUCCGCUAGGGAUUUUCCCUGGCUGAAAACACUGCUGCAGUUCCUUUCUUUGUCGCAAGCAUUAGACCCAGAUGGCUGGCCUACGUCCUACAAUUUAAAAAAUGGUGACACAUUCGACUAUGUGGUGGUGGGUGCAGGUUCUGGGGGUGCCACUGUCGCCACUCGGCUCAGCGAGGUUGCUGAAUGGAAGGUUCUGCUAUUAGAGGCUGGAGGUGAUCCUCCAUCGGCUAGUGUGAUUCCGAGUAUGUUUUGGAGUAUUCCUCACACAAAAAGUGAUUGGGACUACAACGCUCAACUUGAUAAGGGCGUCGGACAAGGCCACGUUGGAGGCACUGUUUUUAUGACUCGAGGCAAAAUGUUAGGAGGCUCAUCAUCUGCUAACUAUAUGUUUUACUCGAGAGGAGUACCGGCGGAUUACAACGAAUGGAACAGAACAGCGCCUGGAUGGGACUGGAAUACGGUUCUGCCUUACUUCAAAAAACUUGAACACAUGACUGACAAUUCAGUAUUUAGUAAUCCUUAUAAUGCCGAAUUACAUUCAAAAUCUGGGCCAGUUUUAAUAUCAAGACCUAAUUAUAAUACUUAUUUUAAGAAAAUACAUAAAACAGUUCUUGAUUCGUAUGAAGAAAUUGGCUUAAAGACUGUUUUAGAAAAUAAUGGGCCGGAAAUUUAUGGUGCAUCUUCAUCGCAUUUCACGAUCGCUGAUGGGCGACGAUCGAGCACUGCUGAAGCAUAUUUAAGGCCUACGAAGGAUAGACCAAAUUUAUUCGUUACAAAAUUUGCUACAGCUACUAAAAUUUUAAUAGAUCCUAUGACAAAAAGGGCGAAAGGUGUUAGAGUUUUACUUGAAUCGAAUAAAAUUAUUGAUGUUAAUGCAAACAUAGAAGUCAUAUUAUCCGCUGGUUCUAUAGAUACUCCAAAACUACUUAUGUUGUCUGGUAUAGGGCCUUCAGAAAUACUCUCAUCUUUAAACAUCAAUGUUCUUUCUGAUCUUCCAGUAGGUAAAAAUUUGCAUGAUCAUAGUGCUACUCCAAUACUUUUCACGGGACAAAGAAGCUUAAAAAUAGCCCAACAAUUCCUAAGUACUAUUACUGAGCUUGAUACAUUUCCAAUACCUAUUCAGUGUGGUUUCAUCAGAGUGAAAUCUUCUGUUAGUCCUAACAGUGAGAGACCUGAUAUACAAAUUUUCAAUACACAUUUUGGUGCUACAUCGGCUUUGGGUAUUUUAUACGGAUGCCGAACAAUAUUAAAUUACAAUGAAGAGGUUUGCGCCUCACUAAGUAAAGUAAAUAAUAACAGAGAAGUUGAUGUAACUUUAGUAGUACUUCUACACCCAUUAUCUAGAGGACAAAUAAAAUUACGGAGUAGAGACCCGGCCGAUAAACCUAUAAUAGAAUUAGGAUAUUUCAGAGAUAAGCGCGAUGUUACUGUUGUAGUAGAUGCAAUUAAAUUUUUGAGUAGGUAUACUAACACUACCUAUUAUCGAAGAGUCCGUAGUAAAUUAGUAACACCAAAUGUUAAAGUUUGUCAAGAUUUGAAAUUUGGGUCUGAUGCGUAUUGGAGAUGUUAUGUAGUUAAUACCCCGAACACUAUGUCACAUCCAGUGGGGACGUGUGCGAUAGGACCUGAUGGAGUUGUCAAUGAAAGACUGAAGGUUCAUGGUUUUAAAAAUCUGCGAAUCGUAGACGCAUCGAUAAUGCCUAAGAUACCGAGUGGCAACACUAACAUACCGACAAUAAUGAUCGGAGAAAAAGCAGCAGAUAUGAUUAAAGAAGAUUAUGGUAAAUUGCUCAAGAAUAUAUUCAGAAAUAAGUAGGAAACUUAUAUUAAACGUUAAAUUAAUAUACAACUUUAAA